UGUCAGGGGCGACGCAACUAGAUCCACCAAUGAAAUGAGCCUACGUGCGUCACGUGACUUCGGGGAGACUCAUCCAACAUGGCGGCGGCACGUCGACUCUUGUGUUGCUGAAAGUUUGAUGUAACGGCGCCUUGGUAACAUGGCGUGCGUGAAAGUCGAUCCCAGGGAGGGAGAAGACGACUCGCCGAGUGGAUUGAGUGGUGACCUGAGACCCGAAUGGCUUGACAACGUACAGAAAAACGGCGAGCUCUUCUACUUGGAGCUGAGCGACGGAGAAGCCUCCACCAUCGCAGCGCAACAUGUGCCCACUCAUCACAUACACUUCCAUGAAGAGGAGGAGGAGCUCAUCAAGAAACAGCGAUGCAGCCAGCUGUCGAAGAAGGGGUUCCACCGCCAAUGGGGUGGGACGGAUGCUUCUACCUCAUCGCCGCUACCUGCGUCCGUCUUUAAGAGUCGGCCGGGGAGCGGCAACCUGCAGCUUAAGGAAGUGUGCGUAUACAUCAACCCCAAAUGUCUCGGAAGCUCGCCCUCGCCUCUGUUGGAGGCCUUGCUGGGCAUCGUGCAUCGGCCAUCUUGGAUCGGCGCUCACAGACCGGAAAGACUGACCGUUGAGGGCCUCGUUCCCAAAAGCCCGGUCAGCAAAUGCGGCCGUGUCCUCAUUGGCGACGUGCUGCUUGCAGUGGAUGCCUUGGACGUCAACGCUGAGAACAUCGAAAAAGUUCUGUCGAGCAUCCUGGGACCGACUCAGGUGAAGCUAACCUUAGAGACGUCAGGCGGCGACAGCGGGCCGGGACUUAGGGCGAAGGUUUCGGCGCCCAUCAGCCCACUGGUGCGUCUCCUUUGGGGGCAGGACACAGUCGAACUACAGUUGUCAAUCAGCCACAUCCCACAUGUGGUCAUGUACCUGUCGCUUAAGAUGGACGCCGCCUCACCACAGGAAGAAGAGGACAUCUUGUACCGAUACCCGGUAUCGGAGGCGUUCGGUCGGCUAAAAGCAGCCAGAGGAAUCUUCCUGACUCUAUGUGACAUGUUGGACAACGUCACAGGCAGCAGCAUCGUCAGUUCCACGCUGCUGCUGGAAAAAUACUUGGUCCACGUUGGCUACUGGAAGGAAGGCCACGCCCUGCUGGUCAUCGGGCUUCCUGCUGAGAGCGUUCCUUUGCUGUGCCUGCGCUCGCUGGUUGGAGACGUGGUGCGAACAUUAAAAGUCAUGUACGGAUCGUUGGACAGCGCUUUUUGCAGGGCGGAGCACACGCCACAGCUCGACCAGUUCUUCUGCAUCUUCUUCCAGCGGCUCAUCCAGCCGUGCCGCUUUACAGAUGCCCUCUUAGCUCCGCCCCCGGAUGUCUCCAGGAGCCUCUUCCUUGAUAGACUGCCCGCCGUCCGAUGGCUUACGCUUCCACCAGAAAUUAAAAUGGAGGUGGACUUUCUUCUCACCGACUUUGAAGCCUCUGAUUUUGGAGAACUGUCGGAGGACUUCUUCGGCCUGAGGCGUUUCUACGAGAUUCUGGGCUCUUGUCUCUACUACAAGUCUUACCUGAUCGCCAACCAUCUCGCUAAAGAGGACCUGCUGGACGUGUGUCUGUAUACGGAGCACCACUGCCUGCUGCCGCUGGCGUCCAAGCCGCGAGUCGGCCAGCUGAUCAUCUGGAGGGAGGUGUUCCCCCAGCAGAGAAGCAACGCUGCAUCUGAAGUCACGCGGCACCAAGGACGCCGCUUUCUCCUCAUUGUAGGCCUGAGGAGUUUGAUGCAGUGUGUCCUUCUGGAGACAGGCUGCAUGUCGUCUUCUGGACCUUCAGGGCCCGACUGUGUUUACGUGGCUCAGGUCAAAGCCGCACUGCUGCAGCUGGAGACCUUGGAGGAGGCCAUGGAAGAAUGUCUGAACACUCCCGCCGCUCCUUGCCUAUCCUGUGCCGACUCAUUCCUGCCUGCCGCCACCGCCCGCAUCCGCCUGGCUGCCUCCUCGCCGGUUCUUGGAAAGCUGGCAGCCAGUGUUAAGAGUGCCUCGCCAGUAUCCCGAAGCGGCAACCUGUUUGGAGAGAGAGCUCGGAGGUCCAGCCCCCAGAGGAGCACAUCGGACUGUGGGGCUGAAGGACAUGCAGACCAUGGGGCUGCAUCUCCGACAGCUCAUGGUCUUAGUCCGGGCUCAGUCAGGACCCUGGCUGGAAGGCGGGACUCGCCGGGGUCUGAUGGGAGUGGAAGCCUUUUCAAGAGGACGAUCCCCCUUAGGAAGACCGUAAAUGCGAGGGACACACAGGAGAAGUACAACACCACCAAGUUUGUCUUUCUUCACAUUUCCUUACCUCAUGUUGGACAUUGUCACAUCCUGAGUAGGGGUGUGCACAAUUUUUUCACUUCCGAUAAGAUACCGGUAUUACCAUAACCAAUCAAAAAAUUCCAUGUAUCACAAAUUAUACAGCUGUUUUUAAUCACACAUUUGACCAGCAGAGGGUUUCUUGUGCCAAAGCAUUAAUGAAGCUUCAGGAACCAAUUGGCUCAAGUGGUUCAAAGCCUCACGAGGCUUCAUCUGACCAUCACUACCUAGCAGCCACAUUUCAUUAAAUUACGCUGAUGACAUAGAAGGUUUAAUGAUGCAGACACGUUUGUUACUGGAUACUUUCUAAUAUACUUUUGCCUUGCAGACUUUGUAAGUGUAAGUAAAUGCUAUACUAUAUUUAUGAUUCUUGUUUGUAUUUACAAAUGUGCUUUUUUAGACUGCAAUAUCGUUCAAUUAGGGCAUGUAUUACGCACAAGCUGUUGUGUAGCUGCUUGCCCACUACAAGCCUAUACCCCACCAUGUUUAUCAUGUGUAAAUUAAUUGACUAAAAUGCAAAAAAAGACCAACCAUGUGUGCUUAUUGGAGGACAAACCGGAAAGCAUGCAUAGCGCUUCACUUUUUGUACAUUUUGUAAUGUUACAGCCUUAUUCCAAAAGGAAAUACAUUUAUUUUUGUUCUUUAAAAUUCUACACGCAAUACCCCAUAAUGAAAAUGUGAAAAAAAUGUUAAAUCUAAUUUAUUAUUUUAAAUAAAGAAAUACAAAAGUAUUCACAUAUUUAGCUCAAUACUUUGUUGAUGCACCUUU